ACAAGUUUCUCCGCCCAUAACUCUUCUUUUACAACAAGACCAAAUGAUGAACACUAAGCUAUCACUCUCUCAUACCAAGAUUCUCACUUUCACAGCACGGUUCAACGAUACUCGCACUCGAAGUGGCUUAGACAGACGCUCAAGCGUUUCCCCAACUCUCUGUUCAAAGCCCAUCUACUCCGGCGAACUCAAGGCUACAAAAGAGACAGCAGUAACGGAGAUGUCGAAUACGAAGAAUGCGAGUAAUAUUGAGGACAGCUUCUUCUCGAAACUUGCAAUUAACUAUCUCUCAAAGAAUCUUCAAGACGCAGCAGGGAUGAGUAGUAGUAGCACCAAGAGUACCGAUUACGAUAGGUUAGUAGAUACGGCCACUAGGGUUGCGCGUAACUUUGACACCAAGCAACAACAUGAGCUUGUUCUUAGCUCUUUGGACAGAGCAUUACCAGCAGAGAUAAGCUCCUUGAUCAAAGUGCUUUUCCCACCUUCAAAACUCUCAAGGGAGCUCUUUGCGCUAUUCACCACAAUAUCUUUCGCUUGGCUUGUUGGACCUUCAGAGGUGAGGGAGACUGAGGUUAAUGGAAGAAAAGAGAAGAGUGUUGUGUUCAUAGAGAAGUGCAGGUUUCUUGAGCAGUCAAAUUGUGUUGGUAUGUGCACUCAUAUUUGUAAAAUUCCAUCCCAAAUCUUCAUGAAAAAUUCACUUGGAAUGCCUGUCUACAUGGAGCCAGAUUUUAAUGAUCUUAGCUGUAAGAUGAUGUUUGGCCGGGAGCCUCCGGAGAUCCAAGAUGAUCCUGUUAUGAAACAACCAUGCUUUGAAUUCUGCAAAUCAAACAAAAGCUAUGGUGUGAAGCAUUAGAGCUUGUUCUAGAGAUUAGAUAUAAUCAUGUCAAAACAUAUUUAAGGUUUUUCUUUUAAAGUUAAACCAGAUAUUACAAUUACAGAAGCCAUAGUAAAUUAAUGUAUUUGCAAAAAGAUCAACGCCAUUUGUAGAUC